AUGGAUUUACAGACAAAAAUCAAUCUGUUAAUCAAUAGUGCCAAUGAUGAUAGUGACGAUGAUGAAAUAUCUCCUUAUUAUCAACAACUACUUAAUUCAGUUAAAUAUAUCGAUGUCUGUUUUAAUACUGAAUUUAAAUUAGAAGAUUGUACUAUAUGGAGGAGUACUGACAUUAUAGUUGAUAAAUGUACGGGCAAUAAAACAACUACAGGUUUUAUUAAUCAAUAUGCUCAAACAUCUAAAGGAUUAACUAUGCGUAUCGUUAAUGAAGAUUUGUAUAUUAAUACAUUAUAUUUGUUCUUGGAUAAAACAUCAACUGAAUAUCAAGUUGUGAAUAAUGUAAAAGAACAUUUUCAAGUGCACUCAGCAGCUUUAGGUUGUGUCAAACGAGAAGAUGAUUCUGCUAUACAAUUAUUGAGUAAUGUUCGUAAUUUAUCAAAUGAAAUUGAUCGAAACUUUUAUGAAGAUCAACGAUAA